AUGUUCGGAAUUCAACGUGCCAUCGCUCGAUCAUCUCGACCGGCCUUCAGGGCUGCUGCCGUCGUCAGGGCUCCUACCGUAUCGGCCAUCCGAUUCAACUCUGGCGGCGCUCACGCCCACGAGACCGAAUCCUACGAAUCCUUCAACCAACGUUACCAGACCUUCUUUAGCAACGUCGAGGACGUCUUUGAGCUCCAACGAGGCUUGAACAACUGUUUCGCUUACGAUCUCGUCCCCUCCACCUCGGUCAUCGAGGCUGCCCUGAGGGCGGCCAGAAAGGUCGACGAUUACGCGACCGCUGUCAGGAUCUUGGAGGGUGUCAAGGAGAAGGUCGAGAACAAGGGACAGUAUCAGGCUUAUUUGGACGAGUUGAAGCCUAUUAUUACCGAGUUGGGCGUGACCACCAAGGAACAACUCUACAACCUAUAA